CAGUUCUAUGUUGAUCACGACGCCGAGUAAAGAUUCUUCUCUCCGCCAUAUCAUUAAAUUUUGUUUUCGGUGUUUCUCAGACGCUUAUUCUCGACGCUUACCGACGCUCGGCGUCGUCCGUUCAGUUACAUGCGAUUGACGCGCGAUCGGGUAAAUUAACGUGGUGCAAAAGCGAAACCAUCUCCGUUAAUCACGGACCGUUUGGAAACUACAAGUACGAAGCAAGUGUACGUUAAACAAUAAAACGUGUACGAAGAUAAGUGAACAAAAAAUGGAGAAUAGGCCGGCGACGCUUCGUUCCAGGCGUGUCUGUCGAUUUUGUCUGACGGAAUCCGAGCCGUUGAGCUACAUUUAUGAUCGUGAAAUGAGCAGAUCAUUCCUAGUGCCGCUUACUCUCCAGAUUAUGUCGUGUGUCGGCAUUGAGGUAUAUGCGGCUGAUGGAAUGCCACAGAUGAUAUGCAACACUUGUCGCUGGAAUUUAGACCGCUCAUAUAAAUUUAAACAACAAUGUAAAAAAGCCGAUGAAGCUCUUCGAGCUUAUCCUGUAUCUGGAGUACUUCCUCGACCAUUUCCGCCAAUUUCUACCGAACCACCCGAUACAAAUAAUAAAAGAUCAGCUGAGCAGCGUGCGCACAAUGAACAACAAAAAAAGGCACGACUUGAUAAUGGCGAUCGUGAAAGAAGAGAACGACAAGCGGAAAAACAAAGUAAAGAAGAGAGAAUUGAUAUAUAUGACGAGGAUCAAGAUCGCGGCAGCGAAGGUGAAAAUGAAGCGGGCAAUGAAAAAGAGGACAGAAAAUUAGAACCAGGUGAAGUUCGUGUUCAUUCCUGUACACUUUGCGAGAGAACUUUUCCACUGAGACAAGCUCUGCUUUUACACAUUCAACGUGCUCAUCGUGAUCGCAAUUAUAAAUGCACCGAGUGCGAUCGUAUGUUCUUCUCUAAAUAUGAUCUUAAUAAACAUAUUUUAACACACUCGGAAGAUAAACCAUACACCUGUCAAAUUUGCAACAAACAAUUCGCUCGAGCCAAUUUACUUCAACGUCACGAGAAAGUACAUCGUGACGAAUUGCGUUACGGAUGUCAGCACUGCGAUCGAGAAUUCUUCACCACCGAUGAACUUGAGAAACACGAGGAAAGCGCACACAAGGCGAACAAACCUUUCCAAUGCAACAUCUGCAACAAGCGCUUCACCUACAAACAAGGUCUCGAACGUCAUGAAAUGCUCCACAGCGAGGACAAGACUUUCGUUUGUGAAUAUUGCAAGGAGGCUUUCCGCACCAGUACAAAACUUGCCCGUCAUUUGUCAACACACGCCGGACAUCGUCCAUAUCUCUGCAAAUUGUGUCCACGAACAUUCCUUCUCUCUCACCAUCUCACGAGACACAUGCGCUCCCACUCCGUCGAGAAACGUCACGUCUGCGAGGACUGCGGCAAAGCCUUCAAGCGCAAAGAGAGUCUCGAGGUUCAUCAACUCACCCACACGAAGCGAUCAGGUCUCGGAUUAACCUGCGACGUCUGUCAGGAUACGUGUCGCAAUCGUGCCGACUACGUGACACACAUCAAGCAACACAUCGAAGCCGGCGAGAAAAUGGGACCAGACGGACUUCAGCCGGACAUCAAAGAGAAAAUAGAAAUCGAUUCCGAAGACGAGGAGGACGAGGAGCAGUAUUCCGACGGCGACGACGACUACGAACCGCCACCCUACAUCGUGAAGAAAAUUCCCAAAAUCAAGACAGUCGAGAGUGAGGAAGAGGCCGACCGAAUGGACAAGGAAAUGCGGGACGAAAAGGUCGUCUACGUGCGUGGCAAAGACGGCACCAUGGUCAAGAAAACAAUCAAAACCCUCAUGCCAAUUCAGCGACGAGAAGCCACCGAAAUCGUCAAGAGCCCCACCCAAAAGACACCCAUGAAACAGGAAGACAUUCCCAAAGGUCGAGUCGACGAGACCGAGGCCCAAGUGCAAAAAAUCGUCGAAUCCGUAUUCAAGGAACACAAAAUCCCCCUCAAACAUCAAACCACUCCAGAACCAUCAAAAAAUGUCCAAACUCCCCAAAAGAUCACCACAAGUCCCAAAGAAGAGAAACUCGAACAAAAACCAAUGAAUACAGUGAAAGUAAUCAAGAGAAUCGUCGUCAGAAAACCUGUCGGCAGUGGCGAAACAAUCGCCAAGGAUUGCGACCUACCAGGAAUUUCCCAAUCAGUCCAAUCACCCGCCUCUGGUGUCAAGGUAACCAAACGUGUCAUCGUCCGAAGAAUCAUCCGCCAAGGCGAUACCACACGAGAAGUAAUCAUGAAUCCCGACGGCACCAUCAUCGAUCCUUCCGAACUCGCAAAAUUACCCACCGGCAACGUCGUCAAACGUGUCGUCAUGAAGAAACCCCUCGACAAAUCCCAAAAUCUCAUCCAAUCCAUGAUGCAAUCUCCCGAAAUAGUCCGACCACAACCAAAACUUACCGAAUCCACCGAUCCUUUGAAAUUCGAACUGAAAACAACCCAAGGCCCCGGCGCCACAAUCGUCAAAGUCGACGAAACCUCCACCAAGGAUCAGGAGACGAAGGAGAAACUAGAACAACUGGAAAAAAGAGUCGAGCAGCAGAGAUUGAAAAUCGAGGAGCUACAAGCGAGAAAGCAGCAGGAGUACGAACCGGCCGAUGAGAUGCUUCCGGAACGACACGAUGAAUCCGAGGACGAGCAACAAUUACCCCUGAAGAGGGUGUUCGUGAAACGAAAGCAGAGUAUCUACGACGAGGAGCAGGAAUACGACGAGACUAAAGUAGCUAAAGAGGAGUUACAAUCGACCGAAUCUUUCGAAGUCGAAACACCAAAGCAGAGCAAUAAACCGUCGAUCACCAGCUCCAAGGUCUACGGGAACAAGAAAAUAAUUCUCUUGAAACCUGAAGAGCAACCAGCUACAGAUCCAGAUCCCGAGGAUGCUGAAAUCAGUCAAAUGAAUCAGGAACUCUCGAAUAUUCUCGACUCGACGGACAGUAUCGUAAAAAUGCAGGCGACAACUCUGAGUCAAUUGACAGAAAUUUCCUCCAUUAGUGUCUCGGAGGCGAAUCAGAAAAUCUACAUGGAAAGUGUUGAGAAGGAGGAAGCUGUCGAGCAGAUGGAACAAGAACCAGUCGAGGAAGUCGUUGGAGCAGUUAGCGAAGGUAAUGAAACUAAUGAAGUUAAUGAAAUUAAUGAAACUAAUGAAGUUAAUGAAAUUAAUGAAGUUAAUGAACUUAAUGAAGUUAAUGAACUUAAUGAACUUAAUGAAGUUAAUGAACUUAAUGAACUUAAUGAAGUUGGCGAAGUUGGCGAAGUCGGCGAAAUUCCUGAAGUUGGUCAAGUUACAGAAGAGCAGAGCGAAGGUGUGAAUAACGAGAAUAUAAUUUCCGAAGCGGUUCCAGAGGAGGAGAAAAUGGAAAUUGAACAACAAGAACAAGAAGAGGAGCAACAGGAGACGGUGCAGAAUGACGAGAAUAUUGAGCAAGUUCAAGAGACAACGUUAUCAUUGAGCGGCCACGAGAUUUCUGCCUCGGAGGAUAUGUUCGAGCAAUCGGGCUCCGUUCUCGAGAGUCAGAAGAGUGAUAAUACACCGUUGGAAGAUUCUGUGAUUGAAUUGUCGCAGACUAAUGAUACCAUCACUUUAAAUGAUACGCAUGAUAGUCGAGAUAGUCUUGAGGAUAAACUCUCACAAAUGGAGGGAUGAAGGUAGAUUUAAUUCGUAGCAAUAUUUUUUUGCUUCACAAAUUUUGUUAAGUGAUAUUUUUUACUUGUAAACCAACUUCUUUUCGAAGGAGGAAUUUUUCGUUUACAUAAAUUCAGGGAUGUGUGGAAAUUCUAUAAAAAUUCAAUUUUUAUUUUCUUUUUCUUUUUUUCAUUCAGUGGUAAAUUUUGCAUGUGUAAUCUUUUUUAUCGAUGGAUUGAAAUUUAAAAAUACAAUUGAUAUUUUUAACUUUUAAUCCUUUUGUUGAAAAUUGGUAAAGUUUACAAUGUUUACAAUCAAUUAUUUAGAAAAAAAAAUAAUUUUCCACUUAAAAUUUGGUAAAUUUUUGCAAAUUUUUUUCCAGAUUAGGAACUGAAAAUAGAAAAAUUUGAGAACAAAAAAUA